UAGAGGCACGGUGGCAACCUCUCCAGGACAGGACACUGGAAGCAUUGAGUCAGGCAGGGCAGCAGCCACAGGAACUGCUAGCUUCCUCCACCUUUUCUUUCUGCAACCGGAAAUGGCAGGAGGGGUUGCAGCAAGCUGCAUGAAGCCAGCAGGCACCUCCACGAUGAGCUGCAGCAGGCCAGCAUGACACCUCCACGGCAGUCUGUAGGAAGCCAGCAGAAACCUUGACAGCAGGCUGUGGGAAGCCAGUGGACACAUCAAGAUACAUGCUCUCAAUCACUCCUGGACCUUCUCAGCUACCUGGUGAUCCAUGUCCUGGGGGAGCUUCUAUAACCUGCCCACAGACUAGAAGAGAGCUAUUGCUUCAAGGAUCCUAUAGAAAGUAGGAUCACUCCUCCUCUCCUGAUGAGCUUGCAGGAGGGAGAUAAGUCCUCUGCCUGAAGGUAGGCUUGUCUGUGUGGCACAGUAACCCCUUAAGUCCCAGGAUCUGAUGCACCCAGGGUAUUCAAUCUGCUGGGUGCAGGGAGGAAUGGAAGCUGGAGAUGCCACGCUAAGGAGCAAACAGGAAGGACAGAUGCACAGAGUGUGACACUGUCAUCAAUACAUCAAAUAUCUCAGUGUUCUGGUGAGGAUUUUUUAAUCAAAAUGAGUGCAGAAAGAGAAAGGUGCUUUAAAUUAUCUAUAUUUAUUAAAAUAAAUUCAACAGAACUGAAUAGAUCUGAUGCCAGAUACUUAUCGCAAUGCCGUUUUUGUUGGGCUUGGUAACAGAAGUGGACCAGACUGGAUGAGUAGCUUGUAUACAACUUGCAUUGCUGCCAUUUCCCAUACAGCCUCUGUAAAACUGACAUGACAGUAUCUUCCGGCAUGAGAGAACAAAUGCUGAUAGUGUCUCCUGUGCACCUGCCCAACCUUUGGGUUCCUCUUUCUCCCUCACAUUUUACAUCUUACAGCUCUGGUAAGGAGAGGUACUCCUCAGUAUUCCAAGGGUAAGUCUUCAACACAGUGCACAGGAAACAGAGGAAAAUAAGUGACAAUGAAUAGGGAAACACUAAUAAGAUUUUUCUGAUAAAAACUUUUUAAAAUCAGCCAAAAUCACUGUUAACAAAUAUUACAUGGAUUAAGUCCAUGGGAAACUACAUCAGCAUAUUGUUGUGUGCGCAAGUCCAGUUGUGGGACAAAGCAUUUCAGCUAGCAGCCCGGUCAGAGGUUGAACACCACACAGCAAAGUUAUUUUACCAUUAGAACGGAGACACACACCUUGGAGAAGCUUAAUACAACUACACAAUUAACUAGGCAACAGAUAUUUUAUGUUGCAAAUUACAGGGAACAGGGAAAUUGAGUAACAGGGAAAUUAGUUACAGUGUGGGAGGGCAUUGACGUGCUGUUAAACUCCAGUAGGUGAAAGUAGUAACCAGGAAAUAUUCAGAAGACACGGCAGGCGGACAUUUCAGGUGUCGGUGAGUAAACCUUCACAUAUGAUAAUAAAACUAUGGUAAAAGCAAGAUGUUCAAACCAUUUAAAUGUAGAGAGGAAAGAGAAGCCAUCUCAUUCACAAAGCUUAUGGUAUGUGCUUUUACAUGCCUUAUAUCCUUAUCUGAUUGUGUGGUUAUAUUCAGCGUGACCAAUAUUUCUGUAACAGCUAUCAGUAUUUAUGUAAGUAGCAAUUCUUCCUAAUGACAUGAAAAUGUGUUUACAAGAAUAAAUUAUAUGUGGUGAAUAUUACAGUUAUAUCACAAAAAAUUAUAAUGUAAUUGAUUUCAAUUCACUAGGAACUGUUGUGGUUCAAGGCUUGGUUGGAGCUCUUAUAUACCCUUAGUAAACGUGCUGACUUUGAACUGACCCAGUAAAGGAUGUAGCUAUAUGAUUAGUUUGAACUGUGAGUAAACACUGUGUACUUUCAUCAAAAUAUAAUAUUAAUGACACAAGGUUUUACUCUGAAGACUUAAUGAACGGAAAUGCUGUAAGUUAAAAACUUCUAUUUAUAUCAAAGUUUAAUUUCUGCCUGUCUGAUAUCCCCUUUAGGCUUACUGUUUUCCACCCGCACUCAUUAGCUGUUAGCAACAUGAAUCAGAGUAAUGAGUUGGGAUCGUGCCCCAAUGUGGUGAUGCUAUUGAAACGAUACUACCUGCCGUCCAUGUAUGUAAUCAUCUUUACUGUGGGCCUCCUGGGGAAUGUCACCUCCAUCAUCAUCUACACAGUGAAGAUACGACCAUGGAAGAGCUGGAACCUCAUCAUGCUGAACCUGGCCUUGGCAGACCUGCUCUACGUCUUCAGCCUCCCUUUCCUGGCUUAUUACUACAUUAUCGAUGAAGACUGGACCUUGGGGACAUUCAUGUGCCGAUUUGUACGCUUUAGCUUCCACUUCAACCUCUAUGGCAGCAUCCUCUUCCUCACUUGCCUCAGCAUCUUCCGCUAUGUGGUGGUGGUCUACCCACUGAAGGUCGACAUUCACCGGAAGAGGUGGGGGAGCUUGGCCUGCCUUAUCGUAUGGGUCAUCUCCGCCGUAGAGAUCCUCCCCAUGUUCACCAUGUUCAAGCUGCAGGAAAAUAAGAACUUAACAACUUGCCCUGACUUUGCCAGCCAAGAUCCAGUGCUGCAAAUCUGGUACUACACCUGGGUACUGACUGUUCUAGGAUAUUUAGUGCCCUUGGCAGUGGUCAGCUUCUGCUACUCCAGGAUUGUAAAAGUCCUGUCAAAGGGCCCAGAGACGCACAGUCUGCAUCGGAUGCGUGCCCGUAGGCUCACCGUGCUCAUCCUGGUCGUCUUUGUGGUGUGCUUCAUGCCAUUCCACAUCUUACGCACGGCACGGCUCGCCACCAGAAUAUGGCCGAGGUCCUGUACCGUCACAGACUGGGUCCACGCCAUGUAUAUCAUCUCUCGGCCUGUGGCGGGUCUCAACACCUUCUUCAACCUGGCGUUAUACACGCUGGCAGGUGACAAGUUUCAGCAAGCUUUUGUCAGCAUGUUCAACUGCAACUACUGUGUUUCUAAGAUUAAGUCCCUACUUGCCGUGCCGGCCAUCAGCAGUGUGACCGCCACCUCUCCGCAAAUGAAACCGGCUGAUACGAGUAAAACACCUUCAUCGUCCAAACCACACACCGGACAGCAGAAUGGUUAGAAUCACUGCUGAUCCUACACACCCUUCUUUAUUGCCCAUGCUGCUAAUGCACAAUUUUAAUGUUAUACUUAAUCUGCACCUUAAAAAUUGUGAUAAAAUUUACAACAUAAUUCAGAUAAAGGAUGA